AGAUUCACGCUGAGCACCACCAGCUCAGUCUGGCCCCAACAACUCGAACAGCCACAUCGCGUAUAUCCGUUGAAAAGACUGUAUAUACAUACAUAUUGUAUAUGUAUCGAAACCUAUUUAGUUGUUCUGUGUGUGUUCAAGAUUAAAGUUACAAAAUGUGGCGCUUGCUUCUGGCACUUUUAACGAUGAGUGCGGUGCGCUGUGAGUCGGACCUUUUUCGCGAUGACCUAAGAACUCCGCAGAAAAUGGCCUACAUACAUGGACUAAGGCAAGGAUUGCGGCAGCGCCAGCAGGAGCCGCAGCAAGUCCAGUCGAUUCCCCUGCCAACUGUUCCAACGCCACCGCCCCUGCAGUCGCCCGUCCUCGUGAACGGCCCUGCCACAAAAGGCGACCUCGCGAUGGAUCUGUUUUCCGGCAGUGCCGAAAAACAGCCGCUUCCGGCUGCCUACACAUCUACACACCCCUACGUGGACUUGCCGAUCUCCGAUCAGAUUGCCAGAAGCGUGCUGAAUUUCGCCAACAUUCUGGGACAGCACUUGGACUAUAAGAAAACAGAGGUGUUCUCUCCGCUGAGCAUUGUGAACUCCCUGGCUAUGCUGCUUCUGGGCGCCAGGGGUCGCAGCUACGAGGAGCUAUCCGCCGUCUUCGGGAUGUCCGACACGUCCAGGCUGCACGAGCAGUUCGGCCUGAUGCUGCAGGACCUGCUUCAACCAACCAGAGAGGGCGUUUCGCCAGGACGCCCCCUAACCAACUGGCGAGCCAGCAGCCCCAUGAGGUCGAAUCGACGGGCCCAGAGACCCGGAGCCCACGAGGUGCACUUGGCAAACGGACUGUUCACAAAGACCGGCUACUCACUCAACCCCGACUACAGGCGGGUGAUCGCAGAGAUCUACGGCUCGGAUGUGGAGGUUCAGGACUUCGAGGGCAGUCCGGCAACAGCACGUUAUAACAUCAACUCCUGGGUGGCCCGGAACACGAAGAACCGCAUCGAGAACAUCAUCUCCAGCGACAUUCCUCAGAGCACCAGUAUGAUUCUAGCCAACGCGCUGUACUUCAAGGCCUUCUGGGAGACGGACUUCAUCGAGUCUACCACCCGGCCCGAUAACUUCUACCCGAACGGCGAGGGAACUGAGCCAGUGGUGAGGGUCCAGAUGAUGGCCACGGGAGGGUCGUACCCCUACCACGAGGAUCUCCAGCUGGGCUGCAAGAUCAUUGGAUUGCCGUACCGGGGAAACCUGAGCACCAUGUACAUCAUCCAGCCCUUUAAGUCGUCGGUGGGCGAACUCAUGACUCUACAGAAGCGCUUGACCGCGGACAAGGUGGAGGACUUGAUCAGCAGGAUGUACAGACGGCAAGCUCUGGUGGCGUUCCCGAAGAUGCAUCUCACCGAGUCAAUGAACCUGAAGGCAGUCAUGCAGAAAAUUGGUCUGGGCGGCAUCUUCAGCACCGUGCAGAAUGAUCUCUCACUGAUCGCCACAAACGCCGUGUCCAGGUCGACCUCGCUGGGUGGAAACAGCCUGCAGAACCUGGAGGCCCAGCGAAGAGCCGGGGCGGGAGGGGCCCAGUCCGAUUUGGUUGUGGACGACAUUGUCCAUAAGGUCGAUUUCAACGUAAACGAGCAGGGGACGGAGGCGGCGGCGUCUACUGUCACCUACCUCAAGAAAUCCGGACCGGACGUUCUCUUCCGCGGAGACACUCCUUUCAUACUGCUAGUGCGCCACGAUCCAACCAAACUGGUACUAUUUUACGGCCUUAUAAAUGAGCCCCCAGCGGCCGCGUAAUCCCAAGGAUUUUAAAUUAUUAAGCUUAGUUCCUAAGUUCGUUGACUUUUUAGUUAGGAAACCAAGAAACCGUUUUGAACGAUACGAAGUAAAAAUUCAAAAUAAUAAGGUAAGCAGCCAAGGGAAUUCAUUAUUUUGCGUGCCCAGACCUUACAAAAGCGGGUCUUUCCAUUGUUUCUAACUUGAUUUGGCUGGGCUUGCAUUAAUAACCAACCUCAUUGUGUUACUUCCAAAGUUCAGUUGGUAGCGGGCCAAAUCUAACUGAUCAACUGAGCGUGUUUGUUAACCAGUAAAAACAAAACGAAACAGACUUUAGUCCAGUAUGGUACUGAAAUCAAAGCAACUUUCGCCACGUUAAUAUUGAAGUUAUUUUAAAAUCCAACCUAUUUUUGUACCCUUGCAGAGGGUAAAAUUAUUUCAGUCAGAAGUGAAGCACACGUUUCCGACCCCUUAAGUAUGUAUAUAUUCUUGAUCAGCAUCACUAGACGAGUCGAUCUAGCCAUGACCGACUGUCCGUCCGUUUCUACGCAAACUUGCCUCUCAGUUUUAAUGUUUUUGGGCUGAAACUUUCACAAAAGUCUUCUUCCUUUUGCAGGUAGUAAGUCGGCACCAGCCGGAUCCUAAAGCUCCCAUAGGAAUAAUCGAAAAAGAAAACAAAUUAAAAAAAUUA